UUAGACACUUCCUUGACAGCUGAUUUUUAUACGUAACCUCCAAACUUAAACGUAGGAAAAAGUUUUCAAUACAUAGUUAAUUUUAAAAUAAUGUCCUAGAAAGCUAUAAUUAAUCGUAUGUUUUGUGUCUGAUUAAAAAUGAAUCGUGUUGAUCCUGGAGAUGAAAGAAACCUCAAGCCUUUUCCAUCACCUGAUCAACGUAGACCAACCCCUUAUCACUUUAAUGCAGAGGAACUUAAGGUUCUAAGGGAUUGUAACCGUGAAAGUUUCUUUCAAAGAUGCAUACCCCUAAGUACAUUCUUAGGUCUAGGAACAUAUUAUGGAGUACAGACAGGGUUUUUGAAACCUAAUGUAAGGUAUGGAGCAACACCAAAGGUUGUAGUGGCUGUUAUUAUUGGCUAUUUUGUUGGUAAAAUUUCUUAUCAAACCAAAUGCGCAGAAAAAUUAAUGCAACUCCCAAACAGUCCAAUAGGAGAAUUAUUAAGACGAAAGAGACAAGGACUGCCCCAUGAAAGUUUAGACCCUGGAUUUAACCCAGGUUUAUCUUUAACACCCUUUGGUGGCAUGAAUUCAACAGAGGUGUACAGUGAUGUGGACACAAAAUUGAGCACUGACAUAGACACACCCCGACCAGAGCUUGAAGGUCUCAACGAUUCUCAUAGGCCUACCAUUGAUUCAUCCAUUUAUGAGGAGGAAAUGCCACCUGUUCAGAGGAAAACAACAACCUAUGAUGAACUUAGGAAGAAGAACAGAGAAGAAUAUCAAUCCAAAAGAUCAUCUUUAUAUAGGUCUCCACCUGCUCCAACAGAUCUACCUCAAGGGCAGCCUGUCCCUGCUGAGACUGAAUUUCCUGAUGUACCUUCAUCUCCAGGAAUAUCGAGAAGAAACAAAUACGGCGAUCUUAUGGAAUAAUUCGCUGCUUUUGUGGCUUUGUAUACUUAUUUCAAUUUAAGAAAAAAGCGCAAGUGUUACAGAAUAAUGAGCGAAUUGAAAUAAAGCGUGUAGUUUUGCAUUUACA